AGAGACCUCAGCCCUUGGAGAACUCAGUCUGUAUUCCUUGUUCCAAUGGGCAGAUAGGAAAGGCUGAAAAUAGAAAAUACUCCUAAAGAUAAAGGGGAUGACUCCAGCAGAUCACCCCACUCGUUUGAAGAGCUCAGAGAAAGAUGUCGGCCCAGUCCCUUCCUGCAGCAACACCCCCUACACAGAAGCCCCCGAGGAUCAUCCGACCCCGGCCCCCUUCUCGCCCCCGGGCUCCCCACUCCCCGGGGCCUCCCCACAAUGGCUCCUCUCCACAAGCACUUCCCCGAACCUCCAGUGAGGCCCCAAUGUGCACCCCUAUUUUCUGGGAGCCCCCAGUUGCAUCCCUCAAGCCCCCUGCCCUUCUGCCUCCCUCAGCUUCUAGAGUCAGCCUUGAUUCCCAGACUUCCCCAGAUUCACCUUCCAGCACUCCCAGUCCAGUGUCCCGGCGAUCCAUCUCUCCAGAACCCACUCCCUGGUCUCCAGUCCCCCCACCUAAGCCCUCUGGGUCACCCCACACAACUCUGCCCCUGCUCCCAGGGACUGGAGCCCUGACGCAGGAUGGCUCUGCCUCCGCCCCUGGCACUGUGCGGAGACUGGCAGGCAGGUUUGAAUGGGGAGCUGAAGGCAAGACACACGCCACGGGCUCCCUUGAGCGGGGUUCCCAAGGGGGAACAGAUGUGAACGGGGAGAGAGAGGCUCCUCAAGUCAUCCUGUCUGGGAAUGGGUCCCAGGAGAACGGCGCUCUGGAUGCUGCCCUUGCCUGCCCUCCAUGCUGCCCCUGUGUCUGCCACAUAGCCCGACCUGGCCUGGAGCUCCGAUGGGUGCCGGUGGGGAGCCCUGAAGAUGGCCCCAGGGCCCCGUGUCGUGCCUCCCCGCUGCGGACCUCCCGCUCCCGCCCUAACCCUCCAAGCAUCAGUCACCCUGCAGUGGUCCUCACUUCUUAUCGUUCCACUGCUGAACGCAAGCUCCUGCCACCUCUCAAACCCCCUAAACCAACUCGGGUCAGACAGGAUACCACCGUCUCUGGGGAACCUCCACAGCCGGAUCUUGAUCUACCUUCUGAAGAUGGAAUCCAAACAGUGGAGAGUCCUGAUGAAGCUCCUCAGAAUGCUCUUCCUACAGCCAUGGAAGGAAGGGAGGAGGAGGGCCUAGAGGGACUGAAGGAACAGAACUGGGAGCUGCCCCUGCAGGAUGAACCUCUAUACCAGACCUACCGAGCAGCCGUGCUGUCAGAGGAGCUGUGGGGGGUUGGUGAGGAUGGGGGUCCUUCUCCAGCAAAUCCUGGAGAACCUUCCACCUUCACACGGCCCCCUGGACCUCGAAACACCCUGUGGCAAGAGCUUCCAGCUGUGCGAGCCAGUGGCCUCCUGGAGACCCUCAGUCCCCAAGAGAGGCGCAUGCAGGAGAGCCUGUUUGAGGUGGUGACGUCUGAGGCCUCCUACCUGCGCUCCCUGAGGCUGCUGACUGACACCUUUGUGCUGAGCCAGGCACUUCGGGACACACUUACCCCUCGGGAUCACCACACACUCUUCUCCAAUGUGCAGCGAGUCCAGGGCGUCAGUGAGCGGUUUCUAGGAACAUUACUGUCCCGUGUGCGUUCUUCUCCUCACAUCAGUGACCUGUGUGAUGUGGUGCAUGCCCAUGCAGUGGGUCCUUUCUCAGUGUAUGUGGACUAUGUGCGGAAUCAACAGUAUCAGGAGGAGACCUACAGUCGCCUAAUGGACACAAACAUUCGCUUCUCUGCGGAGUUGCGUAGGCUGCAGAGCCUCCCCAAGUGUGAGCGGCUUCCACUACCAUCCUUCCUUCUGCUACCUUUCCAGCGUAUCACCCGGCUCCGCAUGUUGCUGCAGAAUAUCCUGCGCCAGACAGAGGAGGGGUCCAGCCGCCAGGAGAAUGCUCAGAAGGCCUUGGGUGCUGUCAGUAAGAUCAUUGAGCGUUGCAGUGCUGAGGUGGGGCGCAUGAAGCAGACUGAGGAGCUGAUCCGACUCACCCAAAGGCUGCGCUUCCACAAAGUCAAGGCUCUGCCCCUAGUCUCCUGGUCGCGGCGCCUGGAGUUGCAGGGGGAGCUGACGGAGUUAGGGUGCAGGAGAGGGGGUGUGCUCUUCACCUCGCGGCCCCGCUUCACCCCACUCUGCCUGCUGCUCUUUAGUGACCUGUUGCUCAUCACUCAGCCCAAGAGUGGGCAGCGGCUACAGGUUCUGGACUAUGCCCAUCGCUCCCUGGUGCAGGCCCAGCAGGUUCCAGACCCAUCUGGUCCCCCUACCUUCCGCCUCUCCCUUCUCAGCAACCACCAGGGACGCCCCACCCAUCGGCUACUCCAAGCUUCCUCCCUAUCAGACAUGCAGCGCUGGUUGGGAGCCUUCCCUACCCCAGGCCCUCUUCCUUGCUCCCCAGAUACCAUCUAUGAGGACUGUGAGUGUUCCCAGGAACUGUGUUCAGAGCCAUCUACACCUGCCAAAAGUGAGGGACGGAUGCUGGAAUCCAGAGCUCCCUCCAAGCAACUGCACAAGAGCCCUGAAGGCUGGCUGAAGGGGCUUCCUGGGGCCUUCCCUGCUCAGUUGGUAUGUGAAGUCACAGGAGAACAAAAAAGGAGGAAGCAUCUUCGUCAGCACCAGAGGAUUCUUGAGGCUGUUGGGCCCUCUUCAGGCACCCCCAGUACCCCCGCCCCCUGAUGCAAGCUGGGGAUGGGGCACAGGUUGGGGUGCUGGCAGUGCACAUAGAGAGGACAAAGCUAGUCCAACCAUCCAUUGGAUUAAUUGUCAGUGGAAACACUACCUCUAGUGGCAACCAAUGGGAGCUGAGCAUCAGGACUGGGCAGCCAAUGAAACAAGCCUGUUUGAGCCCAUAGUAAUAAGAAAGAAUAAGGAUGGCUUGAAUGUGUUGCUAAUGGAGACAGAGGCUUAGUACAGAGCAGUCAGUGGGUACUGAGCUGACUGAGCCCCUUGCCAACAAGUAUCUCUGCUAUGCUCACAGCCGAGGAGGACCACGCUCGUCAAUGCAGUUAAAAAAGGAGUGCAUUAAAGAUCAAAUCCCAUAGCCAACAGGGAUGAGCAGGGACCCAUCCAGCCAAAGGAGACGGGGAUCUGAGCUGAAUCAUUCAGUGGUCACCCUACUUGGUUCUACAGCAACCACUGGUUCUGCCCUUUGAGUCUGGGAAAUACUAGAUUCCAUUCCUGGGGUACCUCCUGUGUGCUCUCAAGCCAGUUCCUCUCUUCUAGGAGAAUCCAGAAUAUGCAUCUCAGAGAAUGUGUGUGUAUGUGCAUGUGAGCAUCUGUGUGUAUAUGUAUAGGAAAGGCCAUUCUGCUGAACAUGGUGUGUGUGUGUGUGUGUGUGUGUGUGUGUGUGUGUGUGGUAGCUAUCCUUCUGUGACUGAAUGCUCCGUUUCUUUCCUCACCUUGCAUUUUUCCUUGUAUUCUCUCCAAGAAAGACAUUAGGUCUGAGUCCUAGAAGAGCUGAGUGAGUCAGAGGCAGAGCUGGGGAGGCCAAGGAACAGAAGAUGGCCAGUAGCUUGGACUCAAGGUCCCCUGAAGUCCUCCUUGCUCCAAAUACUGGCCAAAUAAUUCCUGCCUGCAUUUCCCCCAACUUGAACUAUCAUGUCAGCCAGCCUCAGCCUUAGCCUUCACUAUGAUCUAGGUCCCAGGUUUGGGUGAUGAAAUGGAAGCUGUGGAUCACAGGCCUGCUGCAAGUCUCUUGGUCUUCUCACUUCCAUCCUGAUCCUCUCACAGAAACAGGGAUGAACAGUGGGGAGAGACUGGAGAACUAGUGGUGCUGCCCAACCCAAGCAGAGCACUGCUUCCAGCUGAGAAGCUGCCUCCAUGAUGCUCGAGGAGGUGAAGUCUGGAGACAGCAAAACAGGCAGUUGCUGGCUAGUUGGGGCCCAGGCCUGGGACACAGCCUUCCCUGCACUAGACCAUUACACCUUCCCUUCAGCUCAUGCAUGGCAACUGGCCCAGGACAGAAAUUGCCAUGUCAACCCCAAGAGGUACAGGGACACUGGAGACUUGGAGGGACUUGGAGGGAGAAGGGCACUGGCAUUUAGCAUGUCUGUGACUUUGAAAUUCACCUAACCUGGUGCCUGUUGUAUGGAAAACCCUGAAUAAAUGUUGGUGGAGUUGUAUAGAGGCUUUACCAGGGCAGUGUGUGCUUAAAGGAGCAAUGACCUACAAACAUGGUUUUAUAAGGGGGAGCGGACCUGGUUGGAAACAUGUCAAUGGCAGGCAUCUGUUCUCCAGGAAUUGGGGCUCAGAGACCAAGUGCAAGUCCUGAAUGUGUUGGUUCACUCAUAGCUCCUGAGACAUCUAAGGUGGCAGUGAUGGUGGCAGCAAUAGCAGUGAUUUGAAGGGCUGCUGCAGGCUAGGGAAGAAGUCUGGGUAAAACCAGGCAUGAUUGGGGCUCUGGAAGGGAAUGAAGAUGCAAGGAGAAGGCCAAAAGGAGAAGCGAGUUGACAAUAAAGGCGUCUUACUGAGCAGCCAAGCAUCUCUGCAUGAUUCAGUUCUGUACCUCUUUAUGUUCCAUGCACUGUUUCAGGAUCUGAAGAGACAGAUGAUGAAGACAAGAUUCUCAUCCUCAGGGUCCUACAUGGGGGCAGGGGGACAAUUACCAAGUCAACAAAUUAAUAAACAAGAUAAAAUAAUGUAGUAGUCAUGCUAUGAAGAAAGUACAGUAAGGACUGUGACACAGAAUUGUGUGUGUGGCAGUUGUGGUGGCUUUAAGAAGACCCUGGAGUAGAUGACAUUUGAGCUAAGACCCAGAUGACAAGAAGGAAGCAAACACGGAAAUAUCUGGGGAAGAUUGCAACAAGGGAAUUAUAGGCCAGGAGCAGAAGGUAGAGGGAGUGGGGAUGGAACUGAUGCAUGUACUCCUUCAAGUUCCCUGAUGGCGCAAGUCUCUCCUCACCCCUCUUGCUCUUGGGCAUGAAUUAGAGACAAACAUACUCAAGAGACAGUCAGACAGACAUCCAGGGGCAGACACAUGUGCUCCACAUACUUUCCCUCCUGGCCUUUUACUUCUUACUGAAGUCCUACACUAAGGAAAUACCCAUGCUCCAAUUCAGAAGUUCUGAUGUGAGAUAACGGGGAG